CAGCCAGUCAGUGUGUGUUCAGACGUCGUAGAGUGAGGACUGUGUAGCUUCUCCUCCCUUGCUCCCGAUACAGGGGGAAGAAUUAACCUGAGAUCGCACCCGUUUAAAAAAAGUGGAAAAAAUUAGUUUGAAAUUCAGGAUCGAUAUAUCUUGCUGUUUUUUCUUCUGACAUUUCUUUUUUUAACUUUAUUUUUCGCUCUCCUUUCCCUAAAAUUUUGUUAAGAAUGGUUUUGUUAAGUUGGUAAAAGUGUGUUAGAGGAACGUAACUGUGGAAGAAAAAUAUUGGUAAUAAUAAAAGUAAAAAUAAGAAUAAGAAGAGACGAUAAAACAGCAAAUAAAAGUAAAAAAAAAAUAACAAAUAGAAAGAAAAGACAUAGUAAACUUAGAUAAAGCAACAAGAACAGAAUAAGAGGGAGUAAGAGGAAAAGAGAGGAAAUAAAAAAGAUAGAAAGAGAGAUUAGAGAGAGAAAAAAAAAGUGGCAUUUUACGAGAACAUAAAAAAGUUACGAAGAAGCAAAUAAAAGAAGUAAUAGCAACAAUACCAAUAAUAUAAAGAAAGUUACUUGGGAAAACUAACUUAUUUUAUUAUCUUCUCAAGAAAGAAAGAAAAGAAAAGAAAACAAGUAUCCACAAUAAAAAAAAAAAAACACUAGAAAAAAAAAUUACCCCUGCUUGAAGAACAACUCUGAGAACACGCAAGGGGGAGAAAAAAAAAAAAAAAAAAGAAAGAAAGAAACUUACUCUUGCAUAAACACUGGAAUAAUAAGCAAAAUAUUCACAUUGAAAAUAUCGACAAGAAAAGAGAAGAAAAUACUCCUUUGCAAUCUGGGAAACUUUCAUGUGUUGACGUCGUGAGGGGAUCCGCGGCCUGAGAGAGAGAGAGAGAGAGAGAGAGAGAGAGAGAGAGAGAGAGAGAGAGAGAGAGAGAGAGAGAGAGAGAGAGAGAGAGAGAGAGAGAGAGAGAGAGAGAUGGAUCCAGCCAAGAUUCUUCAGAUUAUCACCAACAGCACAUGGAUGGUGACGAAGCUGGUGGGUGAGGGGCCUGUUGAAUUCACACACAGUCAGUACGUCAUCCACCUCCCGGAGAACACCCGCAUCCCGCCCUCCAGGCCCCUACUACAACUCUCCGUCAGGCUGCACGCGCCAGGUGAGAAGGUCAGCUUUCGAAUCAAGGAGGGAAACGAGGAGGGAAGAUUUUUCCUCCAUCCCUCCACAGGUGUACUUUCCCUCCAGCGACCCUUGGAUUAUGAAGAAACACAGCAGUGCGAGUUGGUGGUGGAGGUCCGAGGCAGCAGCGGCGAGGGAAGCCAAGCGCGCGUCCUGGUGCAAGUCGGUGAUAGAAAUGAACACGCGCCGUACUUCCCAAGGGCAUUGCAUGAGACUCAGAUCACGGAGGAGGACGACCGCCACCUCCCCAAGACGGUGCUCACGGUGUCAGCCGUGGACGGGGACGCAGGGGGCCACGGCAGGCUGGUGUACUCCCUCUCAGGUGACGGCGUGCACUCCAACUCCUCCCUCUCCUACUUCUCCGUCGACCCCGCCACAGGUGCCCUCAGUCUGCUGAAGCCGUUGGACCGUGAUCCCCCCACGGGCAGGUCCCAGUGGCGGCUGCAGGUCGGGGUAAGUGACGGACACAGCCAGGCCGUCACGGUGGUGCUGGUCAACGUGAAGGACAUCAAUGACAACGCACCUUUCUUCCCAGAGGAGACGCUACACGCAUCUGUCCCUGAGAAUUCGCCUAAAGGUACCAAGGUGACGCAGGUGCAGGCAACAGACCACGAUGACCCCAAUGAAGGCACCAACGCGCGGCUGAUCUACUCGCUGGAGAAAAACGUAAUAGACGAAGCCACGGGCCGCCCUAUCUUCACGGUGGACGGGAAGGAGGGCGUCAUCAGCACCUCCAUCUGCUGCCUGGAUCGAGAGAAGGCCCAGCGGUACACCAUCCAGGUGGUGGCGACGGAUGGCGGGGGGCUCAAAGGUACAGGCACGGUGUUGGUGGAGGUGGAGGACGUCAACGACACGCCCCCCAGGUUCCCCCAGCAGGAGUGGGUGCUGGCGGCGGGGGAGCACCUCACGCCGGACCAUCCACUAGGGGAGCUCGGCGUGGUGGACCAGGACCUUAAUAACCAGUUCUCCUUUAGGGUGGUUCCGGAGAGUGGGCGUGGGUGGCAGCUGUUCAGGGUGGGCGCAGGCGGUGUGGGCGGCCUGCUGUGGGCGCGGCAACCCCUUGACUACGAGAAUCCCGCCCAUCGUGUUGGUUUCCGGUUCAGAGUGGAAGUGACGGACCGGGGUGAGGACGGCUGGCACUUCCCUCACAACACAGACAGUACCUGGGUGUCACUUCACCUGCAGGACGCUAACGAUAACCCGCCCACCUUCACUUCCGCCCAUGCUCACCUGUCGCUACCUGAAGACACCCCGCCCGGCUCCUAUUUGGCCUCCUUUCCCGCCCACGACGAUGAUGGGGGAGGAGAUGGGAAGGUGGACUAUUCUGUAGCACCGGACACAGACCCCGGGGGCUUGUUCAGCGUGAGCGAGGCGGGCGUGGUGCAACUGGCGAGGGAGCUGGACAGGGAGGCGGCCGAGGUGCAUAGGGUGCUAGUGGAGGCUGUGGACAGGGGGACGCCGCCCAGGACUGCCACUGCGACUCUGCUGGUAAACGUGACGGAUGUAAACGAUAAUCCACCUUACCUGUCGGAGCCACGUCAGGUGAGGGUGCCAGAAAACGUAGGGCCGAGGGAGGUCGCGCGUGUCCACCUGAGUGACUUGGACGUAUGGGGGCAGGGUCACGGGCCGCCCUUCAGCCUGCACCUUGACCCCAGAGCCCCUAGUGAUGUGAAGGAAGCUGUGGUGGUGUCCUUCAAUAGAGAAGGUGACUCAGGGCGUGGAGAGGGCGUCGUCAGCACAAGCAGGCCCCUGGACCGAGAGGUGACGCCCGUCCUGUUGGUGCCCCUAGUGGUGGGGGACGCCGGCUCUCUCUCCGCCACCGUCACCCUCACAGUUCACGUCACCGACAUGAACGACAACCCCAUGGCGCCUGCCUCCCGCCACGUCACCGUCUGGGUCCUGCAGCCCCAGAGCGAGGUCGUGCCGCUGGGUCGUGUCUUCGUGCAGGACCCUGACGAAGGAGACCAGUCAUCCAAGACCUACAGGUGGAGGGGAGCCGCACCCCCUGGUAGCUCUCAGUCAGGCCACGGGAAACCUCGCUCUCCACCCCGGCGCCGCCAGGGACAGCUUGGACCUGACCUUCUCUGUGAGUGACCCGAGCCAGGGGCAGGUAGGGGUCAGGGCCAACGUGACGGUGCAGAUCAGGUCCCUAGGGCGGCAACAGGUCAGCCGUGCCAUCCCACUCACCCUGGCGGCGGCCCCUGG